UGAUGAAACUCCCGCGUCACUCAGAUUAAUAACAAGAGACAAAAAAAUUUCUCAUUUUCAAACCUCAGAUUAGAGAGAGAGAGAGAGAGAUGUUUGGGAAAAUCAGAGGAGCUUCGACUUCGUCACUAGACAGCUUGGAGUUAGAGAGGCCAACUUCCAAGAUUUUCAGAGACGAUCCUCUCUCCAUCUAUGAGGUUACACUCAUGAAGCUUAAAUUAGGCUCUCAACGUGAGCUAAGUUCACACUCCAAGCAGACAGUGCCGCAGAUAGAAACUGAUUCUGCUUCAAGCUCCUCUUGUGCUGGGGUGAUGAAGAUAAAUGCAGAUUGUUCUGAAAAAUGUUCUCAAGACAUUGUGGUUUCCCCUUAUGAGGAGGCAAUGGCAAUAGAUACAAAAUGUUCAUCUGGGAGUGUUUCGCGAGGUUCAAUUGAUCCUCCUUGUUUGGGCAGCAAGAAACAGCAACAGAACAGGAAUGUUUCGGUUCUUUACCUCUUUUCUAAAUUUAAGGAUUCUCGUCGACAAGUUGUAAGCUCAUCCUGUGAGGACGCGAUGCCAAUAGAAGAUGGUUGUUCUGAAAGUUCUUGGACAAAUUCAAGUGAUUGUCAUCAAUCUCUUAAAAGCAUGGAACAGCAGAUGGAUCAGGAAUGUGUAACCUCUUUAGCUCUGCAGAAUGUAAGAUCUGAACUGGGAUGUGCUUAAUUCAGGCUCACUUGGCUGUUUUAUAAGUUAAUUUACUCAGAAGUCAAUUGUUUCUGAUGUUGUUUCAAUGCCCAUGUAUGGGGAAAUGUUGUAAUGCAUGGAAAACAAAGUCAGCUAUCAAAGUUUCAGUGUUAUUGCCUACAUACUGUUCAGCCUUGAGGAUUAGGCUCUCUCACUUUUUCUGGGUGUGUGUGUGGAGAAUAUUGUAAUCCGUAUGUGUGAUGUCUAAACCCAUGUUUUCUAGUAAGCACACUUCUCCAAGAAGCAGGUUGAAAUACAAUCACAAAUGAGUUUAAUGUUUGCAGUUAAAGGCAAAACUCAACUUUUGGAUUAGAGGCUGUAUGAGUGAAACUACUAGAAGAGAUGGAAUAAGAAGACUGAAAAAAGGAUUGUGUUGA